CUUGGGUUGUUCCGUUUCCCAUUACAAGUAUGUCGUUUUGGCAGUUAUUAAUUUCACGGUAUCAUAUAUUAUUCUUUUAAAUCUGUGUUUAUUUCACUGAUAUAGGAAUAUUAUAAAAAAAGAGACAGUUUGCAUAUGUAAGUCUAUUAUAAAUUUGUUACACGCGAAGACACAAGACUACCGACUUUCCUACAACGACGCUACGCACCUAUUAAAGACCUAGAAAUGGAUGGUGUUAAAAGUGACCCUGAUGCAGAGAGUGACAGGGAGUAUGAGCCUCAGUUUGUCAAAGUGAAAGAAGAGCACAUGGCAGAUGAUGAUGACAAUGACGAAGAGACGAGGAGUGAUGAUGACAUUAGUGAUGCCCCAGAUGAGGAGAUAGCAGAAGCAGUCAUGUUUCCUAUUGUUAAGACUGAGUAUCAUGCAGACACAUCACAGAAAGACGCACCAGAUGACGAGAUGUUUGGUGCAGUCAAGAAUGAAUCAAAGUUUGAUGCAGCAGAAGCCCAAGUCGUGAAGGAUGAUAUGUCUUCUGAGGAAAGUGAAUAUAUGCAAGAGAGAGUUGAAGUCAGAUUGGAAGACUUAAACAAACAAGAUUUUGCUGGUGGCAAUAGUGGACGAUUGUCAAACGCACAGCAGUUCAGAUAUACGGGUCACUACAUCCAGCAGAAUGAUGAACGCCGUGAUCAAGUUUGUAGUCAAUGUGGCACAGAAGUUAAAAGGAUGUCAGCUGAUAAACUGGCACAGAAUAGUUCCAAUGUCCUUUGUAAAAAUUGUAUUGCAGGGGGAAGUUCAUUUGCAAAGCAGAAAGAUAGCUUACAUGGGGAGGAAGAUAUGUCUGGUUCAGUGGAAAAUUCAUUUUCAUGCGAAUUCUGUAAAAAGGAAUUUCCAAAACAUGAGUAUUUAAUGAAACAUUUACGAGUACACAAUGAGGGGAAACCAUACAAGUGUAAUGUAUGUGGUGAUGGCUUUUCAAGGUAUGGUGAUCUCAAACGGCAUUGUGUUGAACACAAUGGGGGGAAGCCUUAUGAGUGCAAAUAUUGCAACAGAAGAUUUUCGGAAAAGGGAAACCUGAAGACCCAUUGUCUGAUGCACACUGGAGAUAUGCCUUAUCAGUGCCACGUAUGUCUAAAGCGAUUCCCGCAUAACGCUUACUUGAUCGGACAUUUGCGGAUUCAUACUGGUGAAAAGCCAUAUGAAUGUCAUAUUUGUAGUAAGCGGUUCACUCAUAAUAGUGGUCUUAAAACCCAUAUUCGCGUUCACACUGGAGAGAAACGAUAUCAUUGCACCGUGUGCGAUAAAGUUUUUUCUACUACUUCGAUUCUUAACACUCAUUUACGUAUACAUACUGGAGAGAAACCCUAUCAAUGCCAAACGUGUAAAAAAUGUUUCCGUUCUAGCAGUAAUCUUAAAAUGCAUACCUACAUUCAUACAGGCGGUAAAAGUUAUCAGUGCAAAGUGUGUGAAAAGGUGUUCUCUACUACUUCGUCUUUGAAUUUGCAUUCACUUCGCGUUCAUUCGGGAAAGAAAGAAUAUCAGUGUACAGUGUGUGAGAAAAGAUUUUCAGAUGUUUGUAAGCUGAAAACUCAUUCUCGUAUUCAUGCCGAAGAAAAGCCCUAUGCCUGUAAUAUAUGUGACAAAAGAUUUUCACAUCGCCCAAAUCUUAAUCUUCAUAUACGUAUUCACACAGGGGAAAAACCAUAUUCUUGUGAUGUUUGCGAAAAACGCUUCAGUUCAAGUAGCGCCCUCACAAGUCAUGCGAGAAUUCACACUGGAGAGAAGAAAUACCAGUGCACUGUGUGCAACAAAUUUUUUGCAAAUAGUUCUACACUUGUUACACAUUCUUAUAUUCAUUCUGGAGAAAAACCAUAUGAAUGUGAUGUUUGCAAGAAGCGAUUCAGGUCUAAUAGUAAUUUACGAACACAUUCUUAUAUUCAUACUGGAGGUAGGCGAUACACUUGUGCCAUAUGUAAAUCACAGUUUUCAAGUAAAUCUAACCUCAACACACAUUCUUUGCAUGUACAUAAAAUAAUCAAACAGCCAGCUCCAAACAGAGCAUCUAGGCCUGCAGUUAGGAUAACCAUAGACUCCUCACUUGUAAGUGAUACGAACACAGAAUCUGUGCUUCCAGAUGUUCCAGUCACAGAAUCUGUGCUUCCGGAUCUUCCAGCUUCUCUGCCUCCUAAUAAUGUUGUCACAAAAACAGAGCCUCCAGACGACUCACUUAGUGACUCAAUGUCAGAGUGAGACUGUUUAGAUUUGAUACUUAUGAGAAAUGUUAUGCAUGCAUUGUUGCUCUGCAUAUGUGAAAUUAUGCUUCUAGAUUAUAUUUAAAAUAUAAAAAUUUAAGAAGAUAUUUUGUACAGCACAUUGUGUGAUUAUACUCUGGCUUUGAUGGUGCUGAUGAUUCAUGAAAGUUUAAAUAUGUAGACAAACAUAUAUCAUUGCAUAUUUGCACCCAUAGACCAAGUUUUGUACACAUUCCUGACAGAUUACAUAUGUCUAUUCAUAGAUAUGUAUAUGAUUGCCACAGUGUAGUGGCCUGUAAUCACCAUAGAAAUUUGAAAAUUGUUACUUCUCUCAAAAUGGGUGUCAGCUUUUGUAACAUAUUUAAACCACAAAAAUUAUAAAUUAUUGAAAAACGACAGUCAUAGGAUAUAUUUCUGAAGAAUCAUUUUGGAGUAUGAAUUUGUUAGAGCAUGAAAAUAGAUUUCAGAUUUAGUGAAUGCAAAAACAAUAGUUAUAGUUUCUCAUAAUUUUUAUUCUGUCUUUAUUUAAUGUAUUUGGAGGGAAGUAAUGGAGGAUUACCCAGUAUUUUCCAAAUCUUGUAAUAAUAUAUCUCAUUGAAUGUAUGUGUGUGUGUGAAUGUAUGUGUGAAUGUGUUUCAGUGCAGGUUAUGUAAGAAAAUAUUUUGUGAAAUAAAAAAACAAGGAUAUGUCUCCAGCAACGGAUA